AUGUCUGGAACAAGUGAGUUGGAUAUCACUUCUCCACGAGCAGUUUGCGGUAGUGAUGACAGGGCUUCAUUGGACGAUCUUAUCGGUCAAGCUGCAGCGAAGGAUGCAAUCAAAGACUUUCAUGCUGCCGCCGAGCUUUAUUCCGAAGCCACAGAGAUCCAGGCAAAAUUAAAUGGCGAACUUGCACUCGAGAACGCCGAUCUUCUCUUCGCAUACGGAAGAGCCCUUUACAAUGUUGCUGUUAGCAAAAGCGACGUUCUUGGAUCAAAAGUGGCGACCGAGGGCGCCCCGUCUCAUUCAAAUGACUCGAAAACAGUAACUCAAAAUGUUGUUGAAGAUGCUAUCGCUCAGGCGCAAGCCGCAGAAAUGGUGCCUGGUCCCGAAAUUCAGUUGGACGGUAAUACAAGCAGGCCAUACUUCCAGUUCACUGGUGACGAGAAUUUUGACGAAUCCGACACUGAGGACGAGGUUGAUAACGCGGUCGCCGAAGAAGACGAGGAUGACUUCGCCAACGCGUACGAAGUCCUCGAUUUGGCGCGCAUACUUUACCAGAAGAAGCUAAAUGCAAUGGAGGAGGAUGGGAAAGGGAAAUCUGCGGAGCAACCUAUGGACCUCAAACAAGUCAAAGAACGACUUGCCGAUACAUAUGACCUACAAGCAGAGAUCUCACUUGAAGCUGAAAGGUUCAUAGAUGCAGUAGCAGAUCUAAGGAUAGCCCUCAGUCUGAGACAGUCACUGUUUCCCAUGGAAGACCCAUCUGUUGCCGAAUGCCAUUACAAGCUGUCCCUCGCCCUUGAGUUUGCGUCAGUUGAUAGAGCCGACAAUGAUGGCCAGGCUGAAAAUGAUAAGGUUGAUGAGGGAAUGAGAAAAGAGGCUGUUACACAAAUGGAACAUGCUAUUGAGAGUUGUCGAGUCAGGAUGGUCCAGGAACAGAUGAAACUGGUCAGUGAUAGCUCACUAAAUGAAGAUAAGGCAAUUGCCUUGAAAAGAAAGAUAGACAACGUGAAGGACAUCAUAUCUGACAUGGAGCAAAGGCUCAUUGAUCUCCAACGCCCUGCCGCCUCGUCUGUGAAGGCUGGUGAUAUGGGAGACUCUGUGCUAAAAGGCAUUCUGGGACAAAUUGUGGGACAGCCGCUCUCUGAACAGCAAGCCCGACUUGACGCAGUCACGAAGAACGCAAAUGACUUAUCCGCAUUCGUGAAACGCAAGUCUACUGCUGGCUCCUCACAAUCUCAGAGCACUGAGUCAGUGAGAAAGCGUACAGCUGAAGAUGAGACCCAUGACUGCGAACCGAAAAGAGCCCGCAUGCCCGACAUUAAGGAUAUAAGGUAA